CUGGUUCUCAGGGCGUGCAGGGGGCAAGAUCAAUUUCAUUACCUGUCACAAUACCUCUGGCAUCUACAGUCCCAAACACUGAUGUUAAGGUGACCUCACGAAGUGCAGCCCUGACCUGGCCCAUGUCCACUGAAAACCUGCCCCCAGCACCGUUACCUGUCAAGGACAAGUAUCGCAUCAGAGUGAUCUCCCCUGACGUUGUGGAUGAGUUUGCCUGUGUAAAGGAGAUCAUUGUGGGAUUCUGUCGUUACUGUCCAACGGGGAACACUACCUCAAUUCAUUAUCAGUCCCCUUCUGCUGACAGCAGUGCUUCCCCUUGUGCAGAAACAGUUCGUGAAGAGCUACCUGUUUCAGAAAAUGUAACUUACAAUGUGACAGGCCUCAACCCUUACUCCAACUACAAGGUGAUACUGUACCCAGAAGGAGGCAGGUCAUCUCCUGGAACAGUUGUCACGGCACAAACCAGUAUUGAGGAAAGCAUCAAGGCAAUAGCAGCUUUCUGA